UGUAUUGUGUUACCCACAAUAUGAGUAAUCAAAACUCACUGGAAACCUUUGUGAAUUCAUAAACCAGCUAAUUCUCUCGCCGGCGUGGUACAAACAAUUACAUUAGCGAACAUAGAGCCGAAAGCACCCAGUAAUUGACUGGUGUAUUUGAAAAUGACUUCUUUGUGAUAAGGACGUAUUUCAAAACAAAAUGUCAAAAAAAAGCAACAAACUCAGUCGAACAUUCCCGGGCCGUGUGAAGAAUGAGACCAAAUCCCGACAGCCUUUGCCAUCAGGGUUCAAGCGAUUUGCGGAUUUUCUGACGUUACGGCGCAAGAAGCGCAAAGGGGAUAGCGCCGCACGUCAGCUGGAGAAAUCUCCAUGGUUCCACGGCAAGAUAACCGCCGAGUACGCGGAGAUGUUGAUGCGUGGUGCAGGGGAGUUUCUGGUCCGUGAAGACCCGGCCAUGCCGGGCAUGUACUUCAUAGCUGUACGCAACAAAGAGCAGGAAACGCUGCAUUUGGCUAUCACUAAAGUGAAUCAUUCUAAAGGGACACGCAUAAAGUACAGAGUUGAAGAUUCCGAUUACAUGUUCGACGGGAUCCCCGAACUCAUUCAGUUCUACAUCAGCGAGCGGCGCCCCGUAUCUAUCCGCCCCCCUGCCGUUCUCACGAUCGCAAUCAGCAAGGAAAGCGCCUUGCUGAAGGAAGAGGACUUCAGAGGGCGUACCUCGACGGCAGGAAGUGCGCGGAUCCAUCGCACAACCCGAGGCAGACUCGAGAGAAAACGUAGUGACCCGGUACUGAGUACGCGUGUGCCUUCAAGAGUCUUCAACAUAGAGGCAGAUGACGAUUCCUCUGCUUCCGUCCCAGAUAAGGAUCGCCCACACUCGCGUUCCAACCCGCCAAGUAUUUACUACGAUGAUAAACAAAAGACGGCGGAAGGUGGUGAACUGUUCAGCUCUGCGACGACGCAGUCCUUAGAGGAUGUACUAGAUCCUCCGCAGAUCGAGCGUCGGAGGCAUUUGAGUAGUAGUGGUAGCGCGCCGUCUCUUUAUCGAAAACGCGACUCAGGCGAAGGCCCGGAAUCUACUUACGAUAGCCCUCGUAGCAUUGCAAUUCCUACGACGACACUCAAGCACGUGUCGCCAUACGGGAGACAAGGACGCAAGAGGUCUCAAGAGUCUGGGCCUGUGCAGGCUUUGAAGUCUAAAGAGGGGGUCCCUCUGAAGGAUUAUGCCACGCCCUCUUCACUCCCCGUUAAUGGGUCAAGUAACUCCCAGGACGAGUUAGACUAUGAUGUACCGCGUCCUAGUAGCAUGGUAACAGACAAGAAUAAUGAUGAUACGAAUAGCAAACGUGACAGUGGCGUGACAAGGGAAAGUAGCACUGAGCGUGACCGAGCUGGCUCUGGCGUGACAGAAUGUGCGAAACCUCGACAGACGCGGCAAGAGAUUUACCAAAGCGUGUUACAAAAAUUGCGUGACAAAAUUGUUCGACCAUUUCUGGAACAGAGUUGUGUGACGCUUGCUCGUUACAUGACAAAAGUGGACCUCGAUGUUGUGUGGACGUCCCACAUGGGGGAGGGGGAGGGGGAGCCUGAGGGAGUUGCCGAGGGACUAGAACUUUUGAUUCUUCCACAGGGUCGAGAUAUUAGAUCCGCCUUGAUCGAAAGGUACACAAAUUUGACUUAUUGGGUGGGUGCAUUGGUGGUAGCCGCUGGCGAUCUAGGACCGCGUACUCAAGUUGUCACCAAACUCAUAGAGCUCGCCGACGUAUUGAGUGACAAGCAUGGUAAUCUGGUCUCCUUUAUGGCCGUUCUUGAGGGACUGGCACUACCACAGGUAACACGGUUACAUCACACGUGGUCAUGCCUUCAUCAUCAGUACUCUUCUUCCGCUAUCAUGUACCACAGCACGCUAAAGCCCCUGGCGGGCCUCCUAUCCUCAGGUGCUCCAAGCCCCUUCCCUGGAGUGUGCCUACCAUAUGUGGUCCCCCUUGCAAAACUACUUGAAAUGACUACUGAAGAUGCCCUAGGAGGAUGGGGACAAGACGAUGUUGUUCAAGGUAUAGAGACACUGUUAGCACACCUAGACGCGGGCCGCACCUUGAUCCAGCAACUCGAUGCUUACAAAGACGAAUACCUCAAGCGUUCACACGAGACGAUACCUGAAGACGAACUCAAAAUUAUGGAUUAUUUCCGAUCACGUGUGAACGUGGGAGAUGUAUUAGGACUCGGAUCAGACGCGCAUGUGCGAACGCAGAAGCUGGUGACUUUGUUAAACUGGUUGUCGGAGAACGCCGAGCGAGCCAGCAAGCCUUCAGCGGUGUGAUACAUAUACGCAUGCGAGCUAUACAUGCUUGCCACUUGGAACUGGGUGGGUCAUCGAUGAAACUUUCAGGUGUCAGCGAUACAGGACCUGUUUUGCUCACUAAAUACGACUGAGCAUGUGCUUGGAGACUAGAAUGUGCUUUCGCUGCCAGUGGGAUCACUUCUAGUGAGUGCAGCUCCAAUUGCCAGGGGCGUUAAUCGUGAACGAUGAUGCUUGUGUGCCCUCGAUGUUCAGCCGUCGUUGUUAGAAUACCAAAUGCGCCUUAAAUUGUCAAUGAUCAGCGGGGUUACUUGGACACAAGAUGCGCCUUCAGUGAUCAGCGGUGUUACUUGGCUACUGGAUGCGCCUUCAGUGAUCAGUGGGGUUACUUGGAUACUAUAUGCGCCUUCAGUGAUCAGUAGGGUUACUUGGAUACUAUAUGCGCCUUCAGUGAUCAGCGGGGUUACUUGGAUACUAGAUGCCCCUUCGGGGAUCAGCGGGGUUACUUGGAUACUAGAUGCCCCUUCAGUGAUCAGCGGGGUUACUUGGAUACUAGAUGCCCCUUCAGUGAUCAGCGGGGUUACUUGGAUACUAUAUGCGCCUUCAGUAAUCAGCGAUUUUACUUGGAUGCUAUAUGCGCCUCCAGUGGUUACCAGGGUUGCUUGGAUAAUGCGCCUUCAAUAAUCAACAGGAUACUAAUGCGCCUUCAAUGAUCAGCAGAGAUGCUCGGAUAGUAAAUAGCCCUUCGGUUCUGAGCGACAUUGGUAAAUAUCUAAGCAACAAUUAUGUUGCUCACUAUCAUCGAUAUCGACGUGGCUUUAUUUCUUGGCAGGACAUCUGGCAGGCGACCAACGCUAUGGCUAUCUCCAUAGGUACGUUUUCCGCAACGUUUCCCUCAUCACAAACGUUGUGUGACCGAAACUAAAAGCGGUGCUGCGAGAGGCUACACAUGUAGCUGACACUCUGGCAAGAGCAAUGUGUUUUUCUGCCUCUUUCUAAAGACAUCAUUGCAGAAUUUUGCCCUUGCUUUGCCAUAUUCCAAGUAAUUUAAAUAAUGAUAAAAGAGAAACCAACCUCGUCUGUACUCUGCCAUUGAUUGUACAAUUAAUCGUUGAGUUGGGAAAUCUAAGCUAAUCUACGUGUUGUUUUAUACAGUGCUAUCUCCUGAUAUUUUGGUUUUCAAGAUAUAUUGCGCUAUCCACGUUGGUAUGAGCUACAUGAUAACAUGCUGUUAUAAGUUAUUAGAUUAUGUAGAUAUGUGGUAUUAUAUGAGGAAUUUUGUAAUUUGUUUUACAAAACUAUAUUAGAUUUUUUAAAGAAUUCGACGUUAUCUUUCUAUUAAACGCUUGGUUGAAAA